AGCUCCAUCACCCGCCAUUCUCUCUCUCUCCAUCCGCUCGCCAGUCCAGGCAAACGCGGCCAUGAAACUCCUCUCCCCUCCGCCUUCUCUCACUCGCUCCGACGCUCUCUUCCUCUUCUCCAUCUCGUCCACUUCGGGGCCGCACGGACGCGUCGCCAGCCCUGCCGGCGCCGUUCGAUGUCGGCCGGCCCUCGCCGCCUCCGGGCGGAGGAUGUCCGUGCGCGCGUGCGCGAAGGUCGAAGAGAAGGUCGCGCCGGAGGCGCCGGCGAGUGAGUGGGGCAAGGUGUCGGCUGUGCUGUUCGACAUGGACGGAGUCCUCUGCGACAGCGAGGAGCCGUCGCGGAUGGCGGCCGUCGAUGUGUUCGCCGAGAUGGGCGUGGAGGUCACCGUGGAGGAUUUCGUGCCUUUCAUGGGGACAGGUGAGGCAAACUUUCUAGGAGGCGUUGCUUCUGCUAAAGGGGUUAAGGGAUUCGACCCACAGGCAGCAAAGAAGAGGUUCUUUGAGAUAUAUUUGGAUAAGUAUGCAAAACCGAAUUCCGGCAUAGGCUUUCCGGGUGCCCUGGAACUCAUUUCUCAGUGUAAAAGCAAGGGCCUCAAAGUUGCCGUUGCAUCUAGUGCUGAUCGCAUCAAGGUUGAUGCAAAUUUGGCUGCUGCCGGUUUACCCUUGUCAAUGUUUGAUGCUAUCGUGUCAGCUGAUGCUUUUGAAAACCUGAAACCUGCUCCUGACAUAUUCUUAGCUGCCUCAAAGAUCUUAAAUGUGCCACCGAACGAGUGUAUUGUAAUUGAAGAUGCUCUAGCUGGAGUUCAGUCUGCCAAAGCUGCACAAAUGAGAUGUAUUGCUUUGACGACUACAUUAUCUGAAGAGAGACUAAAGGGUGCUGGCCCAUCCCUCGUUAGGAAGGAAAUACAAAGUGUCUCACUGGAUGAUAUUGUCAGUGGUGGUUCUGGUGACCUUAAUGAGAAGAUGCAGGAACCUCAGUAUUAUGAGGCAUCCACUCAAAUCUCGUCAGAAAUACUGAUAGAUCGAAGUGAUGGUAUUCCAAUACAGGAUAAAUACACUAAUGGAAAUUUUGCGUCCGUGAUAGGGUUGCAGGCUUCUCGCCGGGACUUAGUAAGAUACGGAAGUUUGGGUGUAGCCUUGUCUUGUCUCUUCUUUGCAAUUACAAAUUGGAAGGCAAUGCAGUAUGCAUCCCCUAAAGCACUUUGGAAUUUGCUAUUUGGAGUUAAUCAGUCAUCUUUCCGGCAGGGUGAAGUGAAUUGCAGAUUUAAUAUCAAUUUUUCAGGUGACUCACACUAUUCAAGAGUUCAACAAUUUAUAAAUUACAUCUCAGAUCUGGAAUCAAAGGGAUCUGCUCCUCUUGUGCCAGAGUUCCCACCUAAGCUGGACUGGUUAAAUACAUCUCCCCUUCAGUUUGGCAGGGACUUGAGAGGAAAGGUGGCGGUGUUGGACUUUUGGACCUAUUGCUGCAUAAAUUGCAUGCAUGUCUUACCGGAUCUAGACUAUUUGGAGAAAAAAUAUAAAGAGAUGCCAUUUGUUGUCGUCGGAGUGCAUUCUGCUAAAUUCGAUAAUGAGAAAGAUUUAGAAGCCAUCCGCAAUGCAGUAUUACGUUAUGACAUCACUCAUCCAGUCGUCAAUGAUGGAGAGAUGUAUAUGUGGCGAGAGCUUGGUGUUAAUUCGUGGCCUACAUUUGUUGUUGUCGGGCCGAAUGGUAAGAUCCUUGCUCAACUAGCUGGAGAGGGUCGCCGGAAGGAUCUGGAUGAUUUAGUUGAGGCAGCUCUUCUCUACUAUGGAGGAAAGAAACUCCUACAGAACGCCCCUUUACCUCUCCGAUUGGAGAAAAAUAAUGAUCCACGCUUAUCCACAUCUCCUCUGAAGUUUCCUGGAAAGUUGGCAGUAGAUGUCCUCAACAAUCGCCUUUUCAUUUCAGACAGUAACCAUAACCGCAUAGUGGUGACUGAUCUUGAUGGGAACUUUAUUGUCCAAAUCGGUAGCACGGGAGAGGGCUUACGUGAUGGUAACUUUGAUGAAGUCACCUUCAAUCGCCCUCAAGGCCUGGCCUACAAUCCAAAGAAAAAUAUCCUCUAUGUGGCAGAUACUGAAAAUCACGCCCUAAGGGAAAUUAAUUUUGUUAGUGAGAUGGUACGUACCCUUGCUGGAAAUGGGACCAAGGGUUUGGACUAUGAAGGUGGAGGAAAAGGAAUGGAUCAGCUUCUCAAUUCUCCUUGGGAUGUUUGUUUUGAGCCAUUGAAUGAGAAAGUUUAUAUUGCAAUGGCUGGUCAACAUCAAAUCUGGGAACAUGAUACAUCAGAAGGCGUGACCAGGGCUUUUAGUGGCAAUGGUUACGAAAGAAAUUUAAAUGGAUCAAGCCCUUCAAGCACUUCCUUUGCACAGCCUUCUGGAAUAUCAUUAUCACCUGAUUUCAAAGAGGCCUAUAUAGCUGAUAGUGAGAGUAGCUCCAUCCGAGCACUUGAUUUGAAAACAGGAGGAUCAAGGUUGCUAGCUGGCGGUGACCCACUUUUUUCGGAAAAUCUUUUCAGAUUUGGCGAUCAUGAUGGGACAGGUUCUGAUGUACUUCUGCAACAUCCUUUGGGAGUAUUAUAUGCAAAGGAUGGUCAAAUAUAUAUAGCAGAUAGUUACAACCACAAGGUUAAGAAGCUGGAUCCAGUAAGUAAACAAGUUACCACUGUAGCAGGGACAGGAAAAGCCGGUUUCAGGGAUGGCACACCACUGACUGCUCAGCUUUCAGAGCCAGCUGGAAUUACUGAAGGCGAAAAUGGAAGGUUAUUCAUAGCCGAUACAAACAACAAUGUAAUAAGAUAUCUAGACUUGAAUAAGGUAGGUGCUGAACUUCUUACUUUGGAGCUGAAAGGAGUCAGGCCUCCUGUACAAAAAUCUAGAACUUUGAAGCGCCUCAGGAGUCGAACAUCCUCUGAUACGCUGACAGUUAAGGUUGAUGGAAUCUCGUCUAGUGAGGGCAAUCUUGGCCUUAAGAUAUCAUUGCCUGAAGGAUAUCACUUCUCGAAGGAAGCACGCAGUAAAUUUUAUGUUGAAACUGAGCCUGAAGGUGCAGUUUCUAUUGAACCCUUGGAUGGCAGUCUUGAUUUGGAAGGAUCAUGCAAUAUUCAUUUUAAGAGGUCGUCCCCCUCAGCUUCGAUGGGAAGGAUAUACUGCAAGGUCUACUAUUGCAAGGAGGAUGAGGUCUGCUUAUACCAGUCUCUGGUUUUUGAGGUACCUUUCCUGGAGGAAGCGGACUCUGACGUGGUGGAAAAAACGCUGGCCUACCUUGUUAUGCCUAGAUCUCCCUCAAACAGCUUACAGCUUCCUGCCACCUACUAAGAGUCGUUAUCAGGCAGAAUAAUACUGGAAGAGAAGCGGAGGAUUUCUUAAAACUGAUUGGACGGGUAGAACAAGCAUGCAGCUGUUCAUUUGCCGAUUGGGUGGAUGAAAGCGAUCAAGUGAGUCUAGGGUGUCCUAUUGCUUGCUCAAUUGAUUUCAACGUGCUGCAAAAUUUUCUUCACGGACUCGAGAUCAGAGUUAAUUCGUAAAUACUAUUAUUUCCUGUAAGAUCACGCUGUUAUACAUCAACAAAUCCCAUUGGUUAAUAGGAUGAUCUUAAUCCUCUAUUGUGA